AUGGUAUCUUUUGCCGUCGUUUGUGUGGUAUUUAACCUAGAAGAUGAUCUUGACGCUCCCGCUAAUGUCAGGGAUCCGACUACCGGUGAAAUGUAUCAACAUCGAAUGACAUAUCUUCAGUUCAUUCUGUACUGGAUUCGUUCAGUUUACACCAACAGUAGAGAUUCAGAAUUGGAUGAUGGGCAACAUUCACCGCCAGUACUAGUGAUUGGUACGCACUUAGGCAGCCUCGAAGGGAAUGAAGAGGAAAAGAAAAGAAAGGCCGAAGAAAUAUUCAAUAAAAUUCGGAAAGCAUUGGAAAGAAAACCUUAUGAAGCAUUGGUGUUCCCUACUUUCUUUGCUAUUGAGAACAGCUUACCAUUUGCCAAGAGCAACGCUUCUAACAUCAUGGACCAAAUAUUAAAGUUCGCAAAGAAGAUGGUUAGAAAACUACCUUUAAAAUGGUUGCUUGUUCUACAGGAAAUCCAGAAGUUGAAAGUAAAGCAUAUCUAUCUACCAACCAAGAAGGUGAUUGCUUUGGUUGAGCGGUGUGGGGUCAAACAAGAUGCUCAAAGGGUGCUGCUUGAGUAUUUACACGACCUUGGUGAGAUUCUUUACUUUCCUGAUGACAAAGCCUUGAGGGAUAUUAUUGUUUUAGAUGUGAUGAAAUUAGUCAACAUGUUUAAAACAAUAAUCACCGUUAUUGAUCCAAAGUUUAUGAAACCAAUGCACAGAGAAGCCUGGAGGAGAUUGGACAAGGGGAUCCUAGAGGAGCAUCUGUUAAGGCACCUAUGGAAGGAGUUCAAUUUUUCAGAUGAGAUGUUUGACUUCUUUGUAUCUCUCAUGCAGAAGUUUGGGCUGGUGUGUGAGAAAAACAUUACAAUGGGUGGUGAACGUAUUUUCUACGUUCUUUCGCGCUUGAAGCCUAAACGAAUACAUGCCACACAAACUAAGGAUUACGGGAUUUGUGCAGUUUCCAUCUUUCAUGAUUUUGGCAACUAUCUACCUGACGAUGUUUUCCAGCGUGGAGUAACUAAGUUCAUUGAGAGAUUCCAAGUAAAAGACGAUGAGCCUAAACUCUCUUAUGAGCAUGUGGAGGUGAAUAUCGAUGAACUUCACCUCGUGGUUUUGAGUGUAGCCUCAAUCAAGCAUCGUCGUAUGUUUAAGACAACAAUCAUCAGACGAAAUAUUUUCAAUGCCGCUCAGCUUACCCAGGAAGAUGAACCAUCGCCGAGAGUGUGUAAGAAGGUGUUGACAUUCCUCGAAAGAGAACUAAAGAUUUGUCAGAGCGGUGCAAGGGGCGUGGCAUUAACAAGGUACAUUGCUUGCGAUUGUAGGGACGCUCACAUGCAUAUUGUGCGCCAAUUUGACAUGGAUGUGUUGCCAUGUGGAAGCAAUGGAAUGGAAGUGACGCGCUACCGCAGACUAUUUGAAGUCCAACCCCGUCGGAGAGGUUUUUUUGCUCGUUUAGGCAAAAGUGCUAGAAAUAGGUUUGACAAUCUAUUUGCUCACCAACGACAGCACACAGACAAAGCUAACAUGCUAAAGCAAGGUUUUGUAGAUGACGCCAUCAUUGCGACUGUAUCUGAGGAAAUGAACGACAGCUGGAAAGGUUUUGGUGUCCGUUUAGGUGUUUCAUGGGCUAGAGUUAAACAGUUUUGGACUGAAGAACAGCGGGACUCACAAAAAGCUAUCGCUAAUAUGAUGAAGUAUUGGAGGAACAAUGUCAACAAUGAAACGCAUCAACUGAAAGUGUUGUGCACUGCUUUGAGGCAACAUGGGUGUAAAAGUCUAGCUGGGGAAUUAUUCAGUGGUGAUCUCGGCGACGAAAUUCUGUCCUCAGCCAAACAUGAAGGAAAAUGUUUUAAUGAUCAAGAUUUGCUGUUCAUCUGUGACAAACUGGAUCCCGAAUCAUGGAGGAGACUGGGAGUGCGUCUUGGACUUGAAUGGACCGAUAUAAAAAAGGUAGCAAAAAACAACAGACUGGUUGAAGACCGCAUCAUGGAAUUGCUGGUUACUUGGAGGGAUGACCAAUCAAAGUGCCAACAAGUACCAAUCAUGGUGAAUGCUUUGAGACAACAGCAGCUUGUUGUACUUGCACAACGUGUAUGUGAAAAGCAUGGUUACAGUGACGAGGCAGAAGUUGCACCAACUCAGAUAAAUCUGCCGCAAAUUCAAACGCAAGGGCAAGGUUGCUUAUAUGAUAUUGACAUGGUGUUUAUCUCUGACAAACUUGAUGGCAAUGAUUUGACAAAUUUCGGCAUCUACCUUGGUAUGGAGAAACAUGAAAUAAAUGGAUUUAAAUCAGACUUUUCACCACCAAUUGUAGACGCCUAUAUUGAAAUGUUGGUACAGUGGCGAGAAAGACAGGAAGCUGAAGUAAAUCAUCUCAAAACAAUUAGUGAAGCACUGAACAAACUUGAACGAAUAGAUAUAAAGGAAGAACUUGAGUCAUACUACCAGAACAAAUAUGAAAAAAUUGAAGCAAAGGUGUAAAGGAACAUUUUAAAGAUAACAG